AGUCUCAAAUGGCUACAUCAUCUGCCUGAUGUACCCUCCCCACUUGCCCACGACCCCUUCUUCCUACCUCCCCUAAAAGCUCAUGGUUCUUCUCAUCGAAUCAACUCUUUCUGGCUUUAGGUAGUUUCUAGCCAUUUCCUCUUCCGGUGCCAAGAGAGCUUGAGCGAAUUCUCAGAUCUCUCCAACUCUUUGAGCCUCUUCCUCUCUGCACCUUCAAUAAAGCUUCUUCUCCCUUCUUUCUCUUUCGAGAUUCUCUCUUACUAUGAAGUAAGCUUAGAUUUCUGUGUGUGCAUCAUCUGAUCUAGGGUUCGCGACUUCGGUUUUUCUUCAGGACAUCCAUAUCUAUCUGAAACUAGAGAUUGAGAAGAGAGGUUGUUGGCUUAGAUCAAAGCACGUCUGCACAAACAAGAAGACCUAGGAACCUUGGUUAAGUUUUGUGUGUCGGAAGUCCUUGUGUUCUUCCUGUUGCUGACUUUCUGUAAGAUCCAGGAAGCUUGUUUCAGUAUGCCGUCGGCGAACUCGGAUAGCUCGGGGAAUUCGGGCGCUCUUGAUGGCGGCGGCAGGCCGAGCCGGUACGAGUCGCAGAAGCGGCGCGACUGGAACUCCUUCAGACAGUACCUCCGCAACCACCGCCCGCCGCUCGAGCUUGCCCGGUGCAGCGGCGCCCACGUGCUCGAGUUCCUCCGCUACCUCGACCAGUUCGGCAAGACCAAGGUCCACGCUGCCGGGUGCCCCUUCUUCGGCCACCCGCAUCCCCCGGCACCGUGCCCCUGCCCCCUCAGGCAGGCCUGGGGCAGCCUCGACGCGCUCGUGGGCCGCCUCCGCGCCGCCUUCGAGGAGGACGGCGGCCAGCCGGAGGCCAACCCCUUCGCGGCGCGCGCCGUCCGGCUGUACCUCAGGGAGGUGAGGGACAGCCAGGCCAAAGCGAGGGGGAUCGCUUACGAGAAGAAGAAGCGAAAGCGGCCCUUUCCGCCGCUGCAGGGCUACAACCCGCAGCCACCGGUUCCCAUGGCGGCGGCAGUUCCCGUCAUCGGCUAUGAUCAGCCGGAAUCCGACCUAAACUUGGUGAGUGGCGGAUACCAACAUCACCUCCAUGGGCAUCUGAUGCUCCCCACCGUGGACGCCAGCGGAGACGAAGCAGCGGCAAUGGCGGUCGCCGAGGCGCAUUCCGGUGGCAUGAUACCGCUCUCGGUGCUCAACUAAGUACUGUUGUAGUUACAGUGGGAUCUCAUUCCACUAUGAAGGUUAGUAUGAUCAUAUCCUGUGUUGUCUUGUUCAUGAACAUAGUGGUGGAUGUGCUCUAUGUGAACACACAUUUACCUGAGUCUUUGAAUGUAUAUCCUCUUCUGCUAAUUAUGACUGCGGAUGUUGAUUAUGUUUGAGAUCUUUUGGUAGUA